UUGUACGUUAUCGUCAUCCAAUAACUCUUGUUUUCAUGAUCUGAGUUGUAUUUCUAAGGAUAUACACUAAAUUAACGGCCAGGAUGAGUCGGCACCACCUUGUCCUCGCUCUUUUUGCUCUCCUCCUUCCUCUGGUCAAGGCCUUCGCAGACAGCGAGGUCAUUGUAGUCGGUGGUUGGAGACCCAUUGAGAACAUCGGUGAUCCCCAUGUGAAGGAGAUUGCAGAGUUCGCCGUGUCGGAGUACAACCAAUCCCAGAAGAAGAACUUGGUGUUUCAGAGCGUGGUCCGGGGAGAGACUCAGGUCGUAGCAGGCGUCAAGUAUCGGCUCGUCAUAUCUGUCAAGGAAGAUGAUUCCUUCGAGAAUUAUGAGGCUGUUGUAUGGGAGAAGAGAUGGAUGAAGUUCAGGAAAUUGAUCUCUUUUGAUGAAGUGAAUAAUUAAUAGUGCUGGUGUUUUUUUUCUUUUUUUUCUUUUGUUGUUGUUGUUGUUUACAAAAGGUCAAAUUCUAUUGCUUUCAUUUCGUGUGCAUCUUUUA